UUCAAGCUACAUCAACAUCACUUCUGUUGACUUCACCAACAUAACCCUGAAUUUGAUUGAUAUUCGAAGUAAAAAACUGUUUAUUCAUUGAUUCAUGCAUUGUGUUAGUUUGUUAUCUACAACUGGCUUUUUGUUCUAAAUUGUCAGAAACAAUACAAUGGUGCACUUUAUGUGGAUUUCGUCUUGAAUUUUGAGCCAUUGUUAAGGUUAUAGUCUAGUCAUUGUAUCUACUGAACAACCCCAACAGUUAACUUAACUCAUAUAAAAUGGACAUUGUUGGCAAACCAGUUUCCGCUCUAAAAGUAUUUAUCAACAGCUGUGCAGGCCAGAGAGAACCUUGGGAAAUCGUAACAAUCACUACAACAUCGGUGCUGGCAGCUGUUUGGUUCUGGCAGUUUGUUUUUCAAGAAGAAAGCGUCCAUGUUCGUGCCAAAAAAGCAUUUUUCAAACUUUUGAGAAAGGUUCCUGCAGUAAGAAAUAAGUUGAAAGCAGAAAUUGAGAAAAUAUCGGACAAAUUUAUGGAGGACGCUGAGAAGCGUGUAAAGGACAUUCCAUUCGUCCUUUGUCUUCCGGACAAAGGUGCCAAGGAUGAAGAGGUGCUUAGAUGUGUAGAAAAGUGCGUAGAAUUGGGUGAGUUUGACUGGAAGCACGGGUUCGUGUCUGGCGCAGUGUACUUCCAGAGCCAACCGUUGUUGGACCUAGUGUCCAAGGUUUACGGUCAGACGUCGUACACAAACCCUCUCCAUCCAGACGUGUUCCCAGGCAUAAACAAGAUGGAAGCCGAGGUGGUUAGGAUCACCGCCCAGCUGUUCCAUGGCGGACCAAACUCCUGUGGGACUAUGACCAGUGGGGGUACAGAGUCGAUUCUGAUGGCUUGCAAGGCGUUAAGGGACUUUGCCUACCACGAGAGAGGGAUUAGGCGAGGAGAGAUUGUGUUGCCGAAGACAGCUCACCCCGCCUUCGACAAGGCAGCUCAGUACCUGGACAUGAAGAUCACUUAUGUACCUGUCGACCCGAAAACAUGCACUGUGGACAUCAAACAGAUGGAAAAAGCAAUUUCUAAGAAUACGGUUAUGUUGGUGGGCUCGGUGCCGAACUACCCGUAUGGAACAUCGGACGACAUGGAGGCGAUCGCUGCCCUCGGACGCAAAUACAACAUUCCCGUCCACUCAGACUGCUGUCUCGGUGGCUUCCUCACAGCUUUCAUGCCGUCAGUUGGGUAUCCCGUUGCUCCCUUCGACUUUGCUGUUGACGGCAUCGUCAGUAUAUCUGCCGAUACUCACAAGUAUGGGUACACACCGAAGGGAUCCUCAGUGGUGUUGUAUUGUGAUGAGAAGUACCGUAGUUACCAAUACACAGUGACUACAGACUGGCCCGGUGGAGUAUACGGGUCACCCACUGUCAACGGGUCCAGACCCGGUGGCACAAUAGCAGUUACAUGGGCCUCAAUGAUGCAUUUUGGAUUGGAGGGCUACAAAGACGCCACGAAGAAAGUCAUCUCUACAUCGAGACAUCUUGAAAAGAAGUUGCGAGAGAUUGAAGAACUGACAUUAUUCGGUACUCCUGCAACGUCAGUUGUGGCAUUUCGCUCUGAAAAGUUCCAUAUUUACAAAUUGGCAGAAAUUCUUAAAUCCAAGCAGUGGAAUAUAAAUUCACUGCAGUUUCCGCCUGGCAUCCACAUGACAGUGACCGUCAUGCACACUGUGGAUGGUGUCAUUGAUCGCUUCGUGGAGGACGUCAAGCUAGGAGUGCAACAAAUUAUGACAUCAACUGAUCUUCAAGAGUUGACCAAAGGAGGAGAGAUGGCGCUGUACGGUAUGGCCCAGAGUCUACCAGAUCGUACGAUAGUUGAGGACAUCACUUGUGCGUGGCUCGACUCGCUUUACUUCACACCGAAACAAUCAGAGAAGCAUAGCUCUCAAAACGGCCACAUCUAGUCAAAGCAACGGAUCUUGAACUGUAGUUGAACUUGAAUACCAUUUGUGAUACCACAUCAACGUUAAUCUUAAGUACAAGCUACAUUUAAGUUUAUUUUUGUAUGUUUUACUCAUAUUGUAUUUUUAUAGGUGGUUACACAACACCACCAGCCAUAUUGUAUUUUAAUAUUGUAUUAUACUCGUCUCAGAAAUAUAUUAAUGUUGAUCGUGA